GUCAACUUGAAAAAUGCGAACGGUGCCCAUCUUGUUGCUAAUUUGCUGCCUAGGCUGGUUACACAAAGGCCAAGCUGACGAAAGGAAGAUUGGCGCUGUGGGUCCGCCUAUGAAACAGAGGAGUCUUCGACAUGUAAGCUCCUUUGCUAAUCCAGGGCAACCGGGUAGACCUGGCAGCGGAAGACCAGGACGACCUGGUCAGGGAAUGCCUGGCCGACCUGGGCGUCCAGGAGGAUCAGGUGGAGCUGGAGGAGCCGGAGGAAGUGGAGGUGAUGGAGGAGCAGGUGGGGCUGGCGCACGACCAGUAAGAGGAGGGUAUUGGAGGAAAGGUAUUUCAUUGGGUCAAAGGCGACCAGAGCCAAGGUCAAAAUAUUAUUUGUAUUGAAUCAAAUUUUAAAGUGUAUAGAAACUGUUGCUUAAAAAUGUGUAACAUAUUAUAAAUAAAUUAAAGAAUAUU